UUACUUUUUUCUUCUUUAAAUUUUUUACUUUUUUCUCAGCUGGGUUUCCUCCUUUCUUGACCCACCUUCUCUUGCUUGUUUCGAUAAAGAUCGGCUUCUCGCUUGCGAUUUGAUUCUUUCUUUCUCCUCGCAAAGCUGAACUUGGGUUGAUUUGAUUUCACCGAUCCUAUUUUCCCUUUUCUUCAUUUUGACUGUAACUGGAGUGGUUAUUAUCUCAGUCAAGAGAAAACCGAGGAAUCUGAUCUUGGAUUUUCGGCUGGAUUUCAUUUCUGGGUUGGGUGGCUUACUAUUGUAGGGAGACUCAGCAGAUUCGGGGUGGCUUCCUGCCUUCCUUCUUCCUGUAGCUAAUCUGCAGUCUUCUUCCUUGUUGAAGCCUUUUAUUUUGCGGGUUGAGCUUGGCUUCUCUCUUGUCUUCUACCCAUUUGUUCAGUUUUCUCCUCCUUUCUAGUAAGAUUUCUUGUUGAGCUCUGAGAUUUUCUAUUUAUAGAAAUCUCUUGCUACAUAUAAUUUUCUUCAUCAUUAUCCUAUGAUUCUUUGGUCUACAAGAUUUGAUCUCUUGAGCCGUGGUAGUGGAUGAUGUGGUGGCAGCUUCUUUGUUCGCAUAAUCUCAAUUUCGAGUUCCUUUCUUUUUCUCGGAUUACCCACAUAAAAUAACAUUCCACGAACUCUUUAGGGACUAAAUCAACGUCUUUGCUUGUGGAUUUUUUCUUCUGGAGUUUAUAUCUUGUGCUUUGCUUCAGUUUUACUCACAUAAAAUAACGUUCUAGAGGGGUCUAGAACUGGAAACUCAGAGUCUCCGUUGCUUUAAAUUUCUGGGUCUCUGUCGAUCUCACCUUUCUCUUGCGUGUGUCUUGCAGGCUGAUGGACGAAGAUACGUCUGGGGUUGCUUGAUCUUAUUUCUGCUUCUGCAUCUUCUUGGCUUUGGUGCUUGCUGAAGGUGUGUGCUUUGUGUGAGGGCUAGUGUUAUGCUGAAGAUUAAGAAGAAGGUUAUAAAGAAAAAGGGAAGAAAAAGAGCUUGUGACUGUUGCAUAAACAGCACAAGAAGAGAGAAGCUUAUCAUCAGAUGUUAUCCAUUGAAAACCCUCAACCAGAUCCGCCAUGUCCUUGCCUAUUGCCACACCUGAAAAAUGGUAGUGAUCAUGAUCAGAGGGCUUCUCAUAAGCUUCCUUUGCCUGACCUAGAUCCAUCCCUUGAUCAUCCUCAUCCUCAUCGUCACUAUCGUAACCAACCCGCAGGUUUCUCUAUCAGAGAUUAUGUAUUUACUGCCCGGAGCAAGGACAUCAAGAAGAACUGGCCAUUUUCUCUGAAAAACUUGCAGCUUUGCUUGAACCAUGGCGUAAAGGAUCCGUUGCCACCAUUUCAGCCACUUGACACUAUAAGAAGCCAAGCUUUUCAGACAUGUACGGUUGAAAGUAGUGAACACCAGACAGAAACCAUAGCCAAUGUUAAUGGGGACCCUUGUGAUGAUCAAAAGCUAGAAAAUGGUGUUCAAUCAAACCAUAACGCUGCUAGUUCAUGCAGAUCCGGGAAUGAUUUCCCAUCCACCACAUCAAGUGUUUCUCAGUCUGAGAUAGAGUCAGUUCCAGCUAGAAGGCCACCAUCUAGUUCGCCAGUAGAAGCUGAUCCCUUGUUAGAAACUUCAGCUGCUCGGCUUCCUCCGUCCAGAAAGGCCGAUACUGCCUCCAGGCUGCCGAGUAAGAAGUGCAGGUUGAUAGUAAAAUUUGGUCCAAAUUCUGAUCGUAGCUCCACAGAAGAUAUUGCUUCCAAUUGUACAACAAUCUCAGAAACAAUGGCUUCAAAAACUUGCCCUGUUUGCAAGACAUUCUCCUCCACUUCCAACACCACCUUGAAUGCUCACAUUGACCAGUGUUCCGCAGAAUCAACACCCAAAUGGAAAGCGGAUUCUAAGCUAACUAGGCCUAGAAUUAAGGGAAGGAAGAUCAAACCUAUGACUGAUAUAUAUGCUACAGCGCAGCCAUGCACUUUAGAAGAGCUUGACAGAAGAAAUGGUACAAGCUGGGCUGUGGUUUCAACCCUGCCUGCUCGUGACAUUAACGACUUUGCGUCACAGCCAAUAUCUGAUGAACCGAGAAAUCAAAAAGUUGAUAAUGCCGGUGAAGUUGGUCCUGUUUAUAUUGAUGCCAAUGGAACCAAGCUUCGUAUCUUAUCUAAAUUGGGUACUGAGUCACAGCCGGUGUUAAAAGUGACUGGCAAGGAUCUUGGACCAAAGAAACCUUUCAAAGGAGGUAAAGGGAGCCAACUCCUUGCGACCAAAAAGAAAAGACGCCAUGGAAAGAAGCAUCUCAAGUAUCUAAAACUUGCUUCUCAAAGCAGGAAAUAUUUGUCUUAUAAAACCCAACAUGCUUCUCAGAUUCCUGAGGGUCAAGAAGAAAGCUUCAAGAAGGAGGAACUUCCGAGACCAAAGGAAAUUAAAGUGGGAGAACCUGGAACUUUAGGACAGUGGGCAUGUUCCAAACGAACUGGUCUUGUGAAGAAGCUCAAUAAGCAAGGGUGUAAAUGGCAGCAUGCAACUCAGAACCUGCAAGUUGAAAAUGAUCAGUCAUGCUUACAUGAUUCAGUUAUAACAAGAAAUCAAGUUCAAAAGCUUACAAAAUUGCCAAUAAGUUCGCCGUCAUCUUCUGAAAAUAUUCACAGGGCUGAGAAGCCAUAUUAUGAUGCCCGAAUCUGCAACAAGAAAGAGCUUUCUUCUGAGAAAAAGAGAGCAGGAAGUCCCUUGUUUGGAGCCAUGGCAGUUGACAACAUUGAAAGGUCUCUUCCACCAGCGAUGCGAAACACCAAUCAACUGAGCAAAGACAGCUGUUAUGUGCUUGAUAAUCGCAUAAGAAAAGCUCCAGAAUCAACCAAGCACAAUGCAUCUUCCCUCAGUAAAAGGAAAUUUCCCAUUGAUGCAGUUAAUUGUUCUGGUAUCCCUCCAGUUGCUAGUGUAGAGCCAUCUACAACUACUCGUCCACUCAUAUCAAAAUUCUUGAGAGUUCCACAAUCAAGGAAAAAUGGGUCUUCUGCCAAGGGGUCAUCUGUGGUUGAAUCCAGAUCUAGUGUAGAUAAGGAGCAUUCAUCCUUGAGGAACUUUCAAUUACAUUUCAUGGCAGAAGUAGAUGAAGAGGUAGCGCCUUGGCAAUCUGCAACAGAUCAUACUGAAAAUCACGGUGAAGGAGAAGAGAGCACCAAUGAAACCUCUUUCAAUAGAGGUAAUAUGACAGGAGUCAGACAACAACCACAAGAUAAAGAACCAAUGAGAAUUUCCCUGGAGGAAAAUGUACCUUUGAAGAGCUCACAGUUGGCAUUGCUAUAUUAUGGUGAGCAAGUAGGCCGAAACUCAAAUUCUUAAGAUAGAGAUGAGGAAAAUAAUAUUCAAGAGAAAGUUGCCAGCCCAGAAUCUGUCGGGGGAACAGUCAUUCAUCUGUAUAAACAUGUAGAUGUUAAGUUCCACAAAGUAAGUGAUUAUUUCAAGACUGGGUCUAGUGUUCCACAUUAUUUGGAAGAAAA